AUAAGAGUUCAGACUGCCUGGGCUAUGUUAAUAUAUAUACAAGCUAUUGAUAAACCUAUUGCUACAGAAAAAAUACUUGAUGAUAAAAAGAUAAUUUCUAUAAUUCAAACUAAGGAAAAUAAUAUCAACUAG